AUGACCGGUAAGGAUAUAAGCUCUAAUAAUCAUUACCCUUCCUCUAAUUAUCAUAAUAAUCGUGGCUACAAUAAUUAUGGCAAUUAUAGACCACAACAAUCGCAUCAUUCUUAUCAGCAACAAUACGCUCAUGUUUUACCGUCGCAACACUUGUCUGUCACUCCUUCGCAAUACCAGCAACAUUCGACGCACAAUUAUAAUGAAAUCUCUGCGCCUCUACCAUAUCCCGUAAAAAAAGAAGAACCACAUCAUUAUAGAAAUAAUAAUGACAAUAAUUAUCGCCACCAACGCCAGUCGUUCAGUGCUCCAAUUAAAACAGAGCCAGAUGAUUGGAACCAAGACACUAAAGAGACUGUUUUAGAUGUUUAUAAUUCGGAUUUAAAUCUUUUAGUACAAAAUGGACUGCUAAGAGGCGAACCAUUGACAGAGGGAGGAUUUUGUACAAUGUGGGCGGGUGUACGUGCCACUUAUGGAAUGAAUAAAUACAAAAUUGCAUAUCAAGUCAAAGUUUUAAAACAUAUGGAUUGUCCUGAUUUACCAAAAGAUGAAUCAUUUCCAUUUGUGGCCAGAGUCGGUUGGUCUGUUGAUGAAUCAAAAUUAUUUCUUGGAGAGGAGCCUUUAUCGUAUGGCUAUGGAGGCACGGGGAAGAAAUCUACGGCAAAUCGAUUUGAAAAUUAUGGUGAAUCCUAUACAGUUGGCGAUACAAUCACAUGUUAUGCCGACUUUGAAAGUGAAUGUGACAGUGUGUUGUUAUCUUAUUCUAAGAAUGACCGUGACUGUGGUGUAGCUUACAGAAUUGAUUAUAAUGAAUUACAAUCAAAACCUCUCUUUCCACAUAUUUUAACUAAGAAUGUUGCCUUCGAAGCGAAUUUUGGACAAAUAAAAACCGAAUAUCGUUUGAAACAUGGUUAUCGUUUUAUUAAUGAAUUUGAAGUUGGUGAUCGUAUGAGAGGAACUGUUGGACCUUCUACCAAGGAAGAAUGUGAAGUGAUAAUGAUGGUAGGUUUACCUGCGUGCGGUAAAACUGUGUGGGCCGAAAAACACUUAGAAAUGAACGCAGAGAAAAAAUAUUAUAUACUUGGAACAAACAAUAUUAUCAAUCAAAUGAAAAUAAGUGGUUUAUAUCGUCGUGACAAUUAUCAUAAUCGUUGGGAUGCCUUGAUUGAUCGUUCUACAAAGUGUUUGAACAAAUUAUUCCAAAUUGCUAUAAACAGAAAACGAAACUAUAUUAUUGAUCAAACAAAUGUCUAUGCAAGUGCACGUCGACGUAAAAUGUUAACAUUUGAAAAUUUUUAUCGUCGAGCUGUUGUUGUUAUACCAUCAGAUGAAGAAUAUCAAAAACGAAAAAAAUUGCAAGAAGAACGAGAAGGAAAAGAAGUACCGGAAAAAGCUAUACAUGAAAUGAAAGCAAACUUUGAUUUACCUGAAAUUGGUGAAAUAUUUGAUGAUGUUGAAUAUACAGAUUUGAGUUUUCAUGACGCUCAACAAUUAGUGACCGAUUAUAAACGCCAAGGUGAAAUGUUUCGUCCGCCACCUGAACGCAAACGAAAAGGCGAUGAACGAUUUCAACAAUUUGAACAACAAAAACAAAUGUCAUCAUUUCAUAAUAGUUCAAGUAGUUAUCACGAUUCAAAACGACAGCGAACAAAUUACAGUAAUAACAAUAAUAAUUACAAUAACAACUAUGAUAACUGGAACUAUCAACAUCAGAAUCAGAAUCAACAUUAUCAUCAUUCUCACAGCUAUCACGGCGGUUAUUAA